AUGAUGCUUAAGGAGCUUUGCCAACUUUAUCUUAAAUGGCUGUAUGUUAUAGUGUUAUGGAGAGCUAAAAAGGACCCCUUGAAAAAGAUGUUCCCUACUUAUCCAUCAGUUAGUUCUACUUCCAGUAUGACUAGAAUUAUCUUUUUUUUGUGGAAUGCGCGUGUCAUGGCUGAGCUGAUAUCGACUCAAAUGGUAACUAGGCACUAA